CCCGCCACUGCAGGGAAACAGUCCACAGACAAAGAUUUCAGAAUUAUUGAUACCUAGAUCAUGGCUCCUGGCACAGAAAACCUCUCUGCUGUGCUGUAUGGAAUCAGUGAUUUAAGAUUGGAGCAGAGAGAGGUUAAGAAACCUGGUGAUCAUGAUGUGCUGCUUCGCAUGGGGCAGGUAGGCAUCUGCGGCUCUGAUGUAUCCUACCUUACCAAGGGCAGGAUUGGGGACUUCAUAGUGAAGGACCCCAUGGUGCUGGGGCAUGAGGCGGCUGGCACAGUGGUUGAGUGUGGCUCCAAAGUCACCAACCUCAAGUGUGGAGAUCGUGUGGCCAUCGAGCCUGGGGUGCCAUGUCGCCGAUGCGAUUUCUGCAAGGGCGGCCGCUACAACCUCUGCAAGAAAGUCUUCUUUUGCGCCACUCCUCCCGAUGAUGGCAACUUAUGCCAGUACUACCUGCACGACGCUGACUUCUGCUUCAAGUUGCCGGACCACGUGACCCUGGAGGAAGGCGCCUUCCUGGAGCCUCUUAGCGUUGGGGUGCACGCGGCCCGCCGCGCGGGGGUGACGCUCGGGUCGCGGGUUCUCAUCUGCGGGGCGGGCCCCAUCGGUCUCGUCUCGAUGAUGGCGGCCCGCAGCAUGGGCGCUACCUCCAUCUGCAUCACAGACAUCAGCGAAAGUCGGUUGCAGUUCGCUAAGUCGCAGGGCGCUGACGCUGUGGUGCUUGUCAAGCCGGGUUCGGAUGACAAGCUCUUGGCAGACGCCGUCGAGGAGCAGAUGGGGGGCGUCAGGCCUGACAUCACCAUCGAGUGCAGCGGCGCUGAGUCCUCCAUCAGACUCGCCAUCUUGGCCACCGAGUCUGGUGGGGUGGUGGUGCUGGUGGGGCUUGGGCCUCCUGAAGUCAAGGUGCCCAUGGUGGAUGCUGCUGUUAGGGAGGUUGACAUCCGCGGCAUUUUCCGCUACGCUAAUUGUUACCCCCUGGCCCUGAACUUGAUCGCGUCUGGCCGUGUGGACGUGAAGCCUUUGAUCACUCACCGCUUCUCGCUGACCGAGGCCCGCGAGGCCUUCGAGACCGCGCGCACCGGGGCCGGUGGAGCUGUCAAAGUCAUGAUCAAUUGUGAAAUUUGAGACGCAGAACACUUAUAAUGACUAUGAAUCCUGCCUUAAUUAGUAAGAAUCAACGGACAUGCUGCUGACGAAUUACGUGCCCCAUGUUGGAAUGGUGAGAACUGCGUCUUGAUCUUUAAAAUUAGGAAACAAUCCAUGUGCCUGGGACUACAAGAUGCAGAAUUAAAAUCCUAUCUACUUCGACCAAUCACGGAAAAGUGCGCACAGUUAGCAGAACAAGAAAUGAAAUUGUAACUACGAUUAUUUAACUCCGCUACUAUGACAAGUACCUAGUUAAGAAUUGAGGCUUGAAGAAUUUAUGCUACAGUUGAGUCUGAAACAGACGAUUCCUUUUACUAGUGUGACCUUACAUUUUUCUAAUUGGAGAGAAGUUACCAAAUUCCGCAGGGGCAUUCUUUUUAUAUUUUGUUGUAUUUUUUGUUAGAUGAAUAUGAUUAAUCUCUUGUUAUGUGUUAUGUUUGGGUGAUAUAAAAAUUGAUAUUUUCCUUGUUAUUUUUGGA